UGUCCGCCGCUUGACUCGGUGCAUCCCGGUCCUCCGCCGGUGUAGCAAGCCCCCCCGCCCCCGCUGCAUCCCUGAAUCCCGGGUUGGCUUGCACUGGGUCGUCUCGGUCGUAGCGGUGCAGUCCGCCUGGAUCUACCGGAACAGACACCACACCGGGGGGGAAGAGGAGAAAGCCUCCAUAGCAACAAACCGGUUUCACGGCAUUAUUGUGAUGGAGAGGUGUUGAGAGGAUGACUGGAGUGUGAGUCGGACAGAAACCUCAAAAUCCAAUCGGCUUAGCAGAACUACAAACCAUCGUGCCAGGUGUAAAGCAGGACUCAACGGACCACAAUGUUCUGGGUUUAGAGUUCACUGAGGAUACCACUGGUUCAUUGAGACAGCAGGAAGGUCACUGCGGGGGCACGUUCAUGUCUGAAUAUCAGUUCAACUAAUAUGGAUGGUGUCAAACUACAGCCAUCGAAUCGUUGAGGCGGCCUUUAGCAAGACCCCCACCUUAUCGAUCAAAAUCUCUGGAUUUAAGUAUCAAUGAAAUACCUGAAUUUGAGGAUUCUUCUAGUGGAGAAAGGACAGUUCGUAGUAUUAAACAAAGUUUGAGUAGGAUACCACUGGAUUUACAACAGUGCUACCUGAUCUCCAGACGGAUUCUGGGACUUUUUUUACUCGUAUUACAGAAACUUAUGUUAAACUAAGGGAACAACAGCCACAACCAGAUACAGGUUACCAAACAAUACAGUCUUUUGUUGGUCUUCACACGGGUUCAUCAGGUCACCUGGACCAGUAGAAGUCUGCAUGUUGAACGUCGCUGGUAUUACAGCGUUUUGAGAAGGUUUUUUCACCAUGUCUUUGAGUAAGACCCUCGAGCUGGAGCACUUUGACGAACGCGACAAGGUUCGCAGAGGACGCUCCACCCGCACCAAGCGAGAUGACUCCACCGCCAGCGCAGGCGGCGGGGGGUCCGGCCCCAGCUCCCGGGGGAGCAGCCUGGUCCCAAGCCCCGCCCACAGCGCCAACUGCAGCUACUACAGGACCCGAACCCUGCAGACGCUCACCUCCGAGAAACGGGCCAAAAAGGUCCGGUUCUAUCGCAACGGAGACCGGUACUUCAAGGGUCUGGUGUACGCUGUUUCCAGUGACCGGUUCCGCUCCUACGAUGCUCUGCUGAUGGAGCUAACGCGCUCGCUGGCAGAUAACUUGCAUCUACCACAAGGGGUGCGCACAAUAUAUACUAUAGAUGGCAGCAAGAAGAUCACCAGCAUGGACGAGCUGGUGGAAGGCGAGUGCUACAUCUGCGCCUCCAACGAGCCUUACCGCAAGGUGGACUACGCCAAGAUCUCCAUCCAGAGCUGGAAGCCAGGAGCCGGCGCCGGAGCUGGAGCUGCGAGCUCCAGUCGGCCCUCCACGGCGUCCACGGGGGUGUCUGUGGCCGCCGCCGCUGCCGCCGCCGCCGCCGCCACCACCAGCUCCACCAGAGAUCGUCCCGAGAGCCGUGAGGGCCGUGAGGGCCGCGAGGGCCGUGAGGGCCGCGAGAGCAGGGAGAGCAAAGACUUCAUCAAGCCCAAGCUGGUGACGGUGAUCCGCAGCGGCGUGAAGCCUCGCAAGGCGGUGAGGAUCCUGCUGAACAAGAAGACGGCUCACUCCUUCGGUCAAGUGCUGGCCGACAUCACGGAGGCCAUCAAGCUGGACUCCGGGGCCGUGAAGAGGCUGUACACGCUGGAUGGGAAACAGCUGACCUGUCUGCAGGAUUUCUUCGGAGAAGACGAUGUGUUUAUGGCGUGCGGGCCGGAGAAGUUUCGCUACGCUCAGGACGACUUUGUGCUCACACACUGCAGCAAAACACCAGCUUUUGUUAACGAGUGCAAAGUCAAGGGAUCUCGCCCUGCCGUCCCUCCAAAAACUACAACUCCCAAGGCUCCCAGCGGCUCCAGCUUCUCCUGCUCCAGGACUUCGCCCAAAGUCCUUCCCAGAGCCAAGUCUCCAGGCUCAGCCAAUGAGGCCUCAGGGUCGCAGUCAGCUGGGAAGUCGUGCAGGUCCAGCCCCUCCCCCACCAGCCCCGGGACACGGCGCAGCCUCAAGGUUUCUCCUCAUCGUGCUUCCUCCACAGAUGUGAACGGAGAAGCAGAGCAGCCAGAGGACACCACUGUCGAAGUGAACGGUAAUCGCUCCGUUUCUUCCUCCAUCAUCAACGAGAAGUACGAGGUCGGUAAAGUGAUCGGAGACGGAAACUUUGCGGUGGUGAAACAGUGCGUGGAGAGGUCGACGGGUCAGGAGUACGCUCUGAAGAUCAUCGAUAAAGCUCGCUGCUGCGGGAAGGAGCACCUGAUAGAAAAUGAAGUGGCGGUGCUGCGGAGGGUUCGUCAUCCCAGCAUCAUCGAGUUAAUCGAGGUGGAUGAAACGCCGAGUCAGCUGUUCCUGGUCAUGGAGCUCGUCAAGGGCGGCGACCUGUUCGACGCCAUCACCUCCUCCACAAAGUACAGCGAGCGCGACUCCAGCGCCAUGGUGUUCAACCUCGCCGGGGCCGUCAAGUACCUGCACCGGAUGAACAUCGUCCACAGAGACAUCAAACCAGAGAACCUGCUGGUGUGUGAGUACCCAGAUGGCACCAAGUCACUGAAGCUGGGUGACUUUGGUUUGGCGACGGUGGUGGAGGGACCACUGUACACCGUGUGUGGCACGCCGACCUACGUGGCCCCCGAGAUCAUCGCUGAGACCGGUUAUGGGCUGAAGGUGGACAUCUGGGCGGCGGGGGUGAUCACCUACAUCCUGCUGUGUGGAUUCCCUCCCUUCAGAAGUGAGAACAACGUGCAGGAGGAGUUGUUUGAUCAGAUCCUUCGAGGGAAGCUGGAGUUUCCAUCUCCGGACUGGGACACCAUCAGCCUCCCGGCCAAGAUGCUGAUUAGUCAGAUGCUGCAGGUGAACGUUGACACUCGUUUCACCGCGGAUGAAGUCCUGCUGCACCCCUGGGUGACGGAUGAGGCUCCCGCAGACUCCAACACUGUGAGCAGCACUGAAGAACAGACCAGUGGAGACGCCCUGGAGCCAGAGCCGGAGUCUCCAAUACUGGAAACCAAACAAGUUCCUUCACCUCUGGUCUAAAAACCAUCGACUGGAAACCACAACGCUGCUCGUUUGAUCUACGCAAAACUUCUACUUCUGGUCCAACUCAAACCAGAGGACUCCCAACUAAUCUGGUCCCGUUUCUUCACCUUCAGUUAUUUAUAUGGAAACCAAACAAGUCCACCCCAAUCUGGUCUAGGAUAGGACCGGUUUACACCUGUGUGAAACCCAAUGAGUCAUCUUAAAUCUGAACCAGAGCAACUCCCUGUUUCUUGUAACCAAACAAGUAUCCUCAUUGUUGGUCAAGAACACAUCGACUGAAAACUGAGCAAGGUCCCUCAGCGCCGGUCAAUAUUCACAGUUUAAUCUACUUGCUUCACUGUUGGUCCAGAAGUGUCCAGUUGCUUCUACUGGAAGCCAAACCAGUUCCCUCAUCUAUAGCCUCGGACCUUACCCGUUUCAUCCACUAAAAAUCUAACAAGUUCCCACAAAUCUGGUGUAGAACUCGUGCCGUCUGCUUCCUCACCUCCUCAGUGUAGCAUUCGUCCCCUUUGAUCAAACCUUUUAUAUCCUGUUCAAAGCAUGAAGUACCUUCAGCUCUGGUUUAGAACAUGUCAUAUUUUAUCUUCUGGAAACCAAAGAAGUCCCCAUCUCUGGUCUAGAAUGUAUCCCAUUUAAGUUAUUGGAACUCAAACAAGUUCCUUCGAGUCUGGUCUAGAACCAGUCCUCUUUCAUCCACUGGAAACCCAACAAGUUCCCACACCUCUGGUCUAGAACUCUUUUAUCACCGGGAAAACAACCAAGUGUUGCUUCAACUCUACAUCAACGAGUUUCCUAACGACGUUCCCCUAUCAUCAGGAUUCUUCACCUCUCGUUAGGACACCUGGCGUUUGCUCAACUGGAAAUCAAAUCAAAGUCUCCAUUUCCACUUUAUCUCCUGGAAACUCGUCCAGUUAAUCUCCUGAAGACCGUCACAAGUCUGCUGCUGUACUGGAAAGUAUUUCUUUGAGCUGCAUCCUCUUGUUUCAGCUGGACACUAAUGAAGUCGCCGUUAGUGAAGCACACGCACCACAUCAACACUGGGACACUACGAAGGUGCGAGUGGACACAUCCCGUUUCAUCAGUGUCUCAUGGGACUGGACCCAUUUCCUGAAAAUGGCCCUCACCUGACACUCAGCCUCAAGCCCCUUUCAUAAACAGCUGAUUCAUUAACAAACGUUCCCUCUGGUUCAGGGAUUAUUUCCUCAGUAGUCCGUGCCGCUUGGUGACCAGGAAGUCUUCCAUUUAUUCUGGGAAACGUCCCAUUUAUCCUGCCUUGACCCUCCAGCGCUCCUUUCGCUAACCUGAAGGACGUUUCUCCUUUCUUCUACUUGGUGCCCACCAACCCGAGGAGAUACGAGUACUGUGCCUGUUUACGCUGCUGAUGAACUCCUUAAUAUCCUAAACCUCAGCCCCGACCUCCCACGGGGUUCAGACCCCAACACUCGGCCGUGUGCCGUGGAUAAGGCUCAUUGUUUUCACUGAUGUGGGCAGAAUUGGUUUAAAGGGAUCGUUUGACAUUUUGGGAAAUAUGCCUUCUUUCAAAAGGUUAGAUGAGAACAUCGAUCACGUUCUCCUAAAGACUGAAGCAGCAUCUCUCAAACUAAUCACCACGUUACUGUGGAUACAAUGGACACGUUGUGCUGUUGUUGAGUCAAACAUGUAACUCCUCAUGAAACAACAUUUCGUUUGUACAGCCCGAUAUCCACUUUGUUUAUGGUGGAACUCAUUUAGUAAAGAAACGUCUCCAUAGACUCCCCCGUCCCUCGUCCCCCGUCCCUCGUACUGUAACUCUAACUAACUGAGUAACUUCUAAACCUGCGUUUUAAUAACUUCACAGACCUUUCUAAGGUUCCUACCUGCAGUAUCUCUGAGGUCAAAGGGCACGCUCCAGUCCACAGGCCUCUCCUCCCGCCUGCAGUCAGCGGAGGACACAACAUGUUGUACAUAAUGUAAAUAUGUGUGUGUUGGUGUGUGUCUGUGAGUCCGUGGUGAAGUAGGGAAACUGUAGCAGUUUCUGAAAAAAUAAAUACGAUGAAAAGAAACAACGUCGUCACAGACCGGACGCGUCAGCGCCCCGAAAAAACCUUGUUUUCACCCAAAAGAGCCGAAGUUUAAAUGAACUUUAUACUUCAACGACAUCUCAGAGAGAAAUAUUUAACGUUUACUCGAUUACAUUUACAGCUUCCGUUCAGUUCAGAUCAAGAUUUUACAAAAGUCACAAUUUGCUGCUUUUCUUUGUCUUAAAGACAAUAAACUGAAUCAUUUAAAACAUGGACUCAUCAAGAAUACGUUAAAGUCAAACAACAAGGUUUCUGAGGGACGCUGACGAACUGUAACGAAAGAGUUCUUACCUUAGAGUCGAUCCGGUAGCAACUGUUGCCCAGCAACGAAGGACUGGUCAUUAUGGGAUGGAUCUCUUUCCUUAUAUGGUCGUGUGUCUGUGAUAAGUGACGUUAGCGGGUCAUCCGUCACUCAUGUCGCUCCAUCCACAUCCGUCAUGCUGUCUGUUGGUGUUACUGGUUAUAAGAAUCACUGAGUGUGUGUGUGUGUGUGUGUGUGUAAAUAAGUGUGUGAGUAUUUCCACAGCGUAAUGUUUUAAUCAUGUGGAAAGUGUGUGUGUGUGUGUGUGCAUCAAAAGGAAAGGGAAUCACUUUUCUUUCCUUUUUUUUAACUUGAAUUUAAAUGUCGUUUAACGCGUUGACUGGAUGCAGUGUUAUGACCUCACCGUGACCUUUGAACUUAGCACGACCUUUCCAUGGCCUUGACCUUUCGGCCGGAGCCGCUGAUUAAGAGUUUUGAGAGCGUUCAGAAGUUGUUACAGAUGAGACAAUGAAACGUGAUCCAGGAAGUCACCGCUGAAUGCGUUUAAAGACGUGUUACCCACACAGGGUUUAUAUGGACACGCCAUGUGAGAGCCGGGGCGUCCCCGUUCACUCGUUACGAUUUCUUACUUUAUACAGUUUUUCUAAUUUAAUCGAAUCUUUCCAAAACACAGAACUCAUAAUUAAUUUUGGCUUUGUGUGAGUAUUUCCGAUUACUACGUUAAAGGGAGGAUCCUGAAGGCGUCUGUGCCAACGCUAAAGGCUCGUUAAUCAGCGGCUCGGCUUCUCCUGCUGUGAACCCAGUAGUCUUAAUUCUGUUCUCUUUGCUUUAAACCAAAAGGAGCCUCGUGUUGGCGGCGCUGCCACUCCUGGGUCAACGCGCAGCUGAAGUCGUUUCUAUGACCUUUGCGUUACUUUGACGUCUGACAGUUUACAACAAGCCCUGAAGAUAUGAGCGCUGAGAACAACCGUGCCGUUUGUACGUUUAAGCCCUCGUGAACGCCGUUUACAGUCGUACCAGGCUGUCGAAGCUAUUUAAAAUACUUCCAAUUCCCUCAAACUUCAUUGGGACUUGAAUGCAGCUUUAAUUCACAGGCGGGUGGAGUUAAAGAAUCCUUUUCAGAGACAAUCCAUCUGGUUCCACUGUUGUGUUCAAAGACCUGAAGGAAUCAGGGAUUUCAGAGUGUUUUUGACCCAGUGUGGCUGUCGUUAUUGGCCCUUUGAGUGUGUGUGUGUGUGUGUUUAUCAAAUGCACAAUGUGUGUGUGAUCAUUUCACAUCAUGCCUCAUUUUAGACGAGAACUGAUUUCUUUUUAAUUAAGUCCAGUAGUUAGGAUUCUGAACCAGGCUGGUUUUCCUAAAGCGAUUCUCAAUCCGAUCAAAUAUAUUAAAGGUUUAAUUC